UGGAAGAAUUCAGUUACGAAAUUAUUUGGGACUAAAUUAAGUCAAGAACGUAACUACAUCUACACUUCUUCGGCUUUAAAUACAAAGAAAUUAGCGGAAUAAGAAGGCAUCAGAAAAAUAAAAAAGAAUUAGAGGAACAAGAAAGAAACCAACCAAAAAAUGAAAGAAAAAGUAUUCUUUUCAUGGGUUAUGAUUCUUUGUGUUGUGAGAAUAAAUGCACAAGGGGAGUACUACACUGAAACCACACCUGCUAUGGCUAUGGAGGACAAGAUGACCAAAUUAUGUUUCUUUUAUCAUAGUGUUUUUGGUGGCAAGAACCCUAAUGUGGUUCCAAUAGCACAACCCAAGGUAAUCCGGAAUGACACCGCCUUACUCCCAUUUGGUACUCUUGUAGCUGUUAAUAAUGCUAUGAGAGUAGGCAUUGAGCCAACCUCAAAAAUUAUAGGCCGUGCGAAAGGUCUCACUUUAGGUGUUAGCCAAAAAGAUGAGUUCACAAUAUUUGGUACUUGCAGGGAUCAUGGGUUCAUUACAGGCAAGUUCAGUGGAAGCUCAUUUGUCCUGUGCUCAAGAAAUCCCAUUGUAGAACCAGAAUACGAGCAUGCUGUUAUUGGUGGGAGAGAAAAGUUGAGGAUGGCUACAGGUUUUGCUAAGGUUCAAACGAUAUUUUUCAAUAUUACAAUUGGUUAUCGUGUUCAAAAGUAUGAAGUGACCUUGUUUCAUUACUGAAGGAAAGGUUUCGUUUCCUCUGCCUAUAUCCACUAAUAUGAAAUUAUGUAAUUUAUGUGUUGAUGAUUUAAUAAUAUUAUAUACAUAGUAUUUUAACUGUUAUUUCUCUUGAUGUUAAGUA